GCCUUUUAGGAACCUUUGAGUUCACAGAGAUUCAGCUCGGACGUGUCAUGAGUACAGACAACUGAAAGGACACUAUUGAUAUACAUGACUUUCUUCGAAUCUUGCCAUACAAGGAUAAUUCUGCCGUGAUAAAAGUUUGACUACGGUCGUUUGAAUCAUUUUCGGUGCCGUGUUGGAUCAGGGUACCUGCUCAUGUGAGUUUUCCUCCAGCAAUGGGACCCUGGCCUAUCAUGGCCUGGGGCUUAAUGCUGACCGCCAUCACCGGCUGGAUCAAAGCGGUUCAAUCUAGGGAAUUCACAGAAAAAGACAUUGUUUUUCUCCAUCCCUCAACAACUCCAUAUCCAGGAGGAUUUAAAUGUUUUACCUGUGAAGAUGCACCUGACAACUAUGAAUGCAAUCGCUGGGCUCCAGAUCUCUACUGUCCACGAGAGAGCAGAUAUUGCUACACACGUCAUAAGAUGAACUGGGGUGGAAACACGGUGUCGGUGAAAAAGCGCUGCGUGGCGCUGGAAGACUGUCUUGAAACAGGGUGCUCGGACAUGGACCAUGAAGGAAACAGGGAGUGUACAGCCUGUUGCGAGGGGAACAUCUGUAACAUGUCUCUCCCACGAAAUGAGACUGAUGCCAUCUUUGCCACCACUUCUCCCAUUAACGAGAGCAUGCAACCAGCACAGAGUCCCACACUGCUGCUUUCUGUCUGUAUCGUCGGCCUGAUGCUCCACUGUAUUAACUGAGAGUAGAAUGAACCUUUAUGGCAAUAACUAAACCAUUGACACGUGCCAGUCAGCUGUGGGCUUUACCUUCCUCAAAAUGAAGUGUUAGUUGUUGGACUUCUUCUUUCCUAUGAAUUCAUUUUUAUGAAUCCUAUACUAAUAUUCUCUAAAAAAAAAAAAUA